CAGUUGAAUCAGAAUGAUAAUAUUUUCGUUUUUCUAAAACCCUAAAACCCAUCCUUCUCUGGACGUCUUCCAUUCCGGGGGGACUCGAAACUGUAAGAGCUCUCCGAUUAUGGCAACUUUUCAACUCACAAAUCCGAAGGGUUUAUUAUCAACUUCUUCAAUUCGCCCUCAGUUUUAUCAUAAGGGGUCCUUCUUUCCCUCCAACUUGCCGUCGUUAUCGUCUUCUCCUAAUGCCCAGCGGAAAUGCCCAUCUAGAAGACACCAAGUUGGCGUUGUGAGUUGCUCAUUUUCACCUAUGGAGUCGGCCAAGAUUAAAGUAGUAGGGGUUGGUGGAGGCGGCAACAAUGCCGUUAAUCGCAUGAUUGGCAGCGGCUUGAAGGGUGUUGAUUUCUAUGCUAUAAACACGGAUUCUCAAGCUUUACUACAGUCUGCCGCUGAGAAUCCACUUCAAAUUGGAGAGCUUCUGACACGUGGUCUAGGUACUGGUGGAAAUCCCAAUUUAGGGGAACAAGCGGCAGAAGAAUCAAAAGAAGCGAUAGCUACUGCUCUCAAGGGCUCUGAUCUUGUUUUUAUAACAGCAGGUAUGGGUGGAGGCACUGGGUCAGGUGCAGCCCCAGUUGUCGCCCAAAUUUCAAAAGAGGCAGGUUACCUCACUGUUGGUGUGGUUACUUUUCCAUUCAGUUUUGAAGGAAGAAAACGAUCCUUGCAGGCACUGGAGGCCAUUGAAAAACUACAGAAAAAUGUUGACACUCUUAUUGUAAUCCCCAAUGAUCGGCUGCUUGAUAUUGCUGAUGAACAAACACCCCUUCAAGAUGCUUUCCUUCUUGCUGAUGAUGUCCUACGUCAAGGAGUGCAAGGAAUUUCUGAUAUAAUUACGAUUCCGGGGUUGGUCAAUGUGGAUUUUGCUGAUGUGAAAGCUGUCAUGAAAGACUCGGGAACUGCAAUGCUCGGAGUUGGUGUUUCCUCCAGCAAAAAUCGCGCAGAAGAGGCAGCUGAGCAAGCAACUUUGGCUCCCUUGAUUGGAUCAUCCAUUCAAUCAGCUACAGGAGUAGUAUAUAACAUUACUGGGGGAAAGGACAUAACUCUACAGGAAGUGAACAGAGUGUCUCAGGUUGUUACGAGUUUGGCAGAUCCGUCUGCAAACAUAAUAUUCGGGGCGGUCGUGGAUGAUAGGUACAGUGGAGAAAUCCAUGUAACUAUAAUUGCAACAGGAUUCUCUCAGUCCUUUCAGAAGACACUCUUAGCUGACCCCAGGGCUUCAAAACUGAUUGAUAAAGCCGGUGGAGGAGUGCAAGAAAAGAGCAUCAAGACUUCGACCCUCCCUCUUAACUUAUCGCCAGCUGCUUCCCCGACUCGGAGUCGAAGGCUCUUCUUUUAGCCAAUAUUCCAUUCUUGCAAAAUUUUCACCUGCCUUAGCAAAGCCUCGUGAAUUUGUCUUGUAUAUGUUUUGCUCUUGCUAGUUGAGUUGCUUCGACUUGAAUGACAAGAAGCAGCCCUACAGGCAACCUCUUCCCAACUGCUAGUUUAUUAGGUUGAUUUGUAAUCAGCUAUUUUCUACUAUUGAAUCAAAUUAGAAGUUUUUGUUCAUUUUUAUUGUGAAUAUGAUCUAAUAUCUAUCGUACUUGUGUCGUUUAAAAA